AUGCGCUCCCGCACGCGCACUCUCUCGCACAUUCUCUCUCUCUCAUGCGCUCUCUCGCGCGCUCUCUUGCGCGCUCUCUCACUCGCUCUCUCGCUCGCACUCUCACUCGCCCUCUCACGCGCUCUCUCACAUGCUCUCCCACGCAAUCUCUCAUGGGCUCUCACGCAUUCCAUCGCACUCCCUCUCGCGCACUCUCUUGCACAUUCUCUCUCUCACGCGCUCUCUCACGCGCUCUUUCAUGCAAUCUAUUACGCGGUCCUUCACGCGCUCUCUCACGCGCUCUCUCACGCACUCUCUCACGCACUCUCUCACGCGCUCUCUGACACGCGCUGUCUCACGUGCUCUCUCACGUACUCUCUCAUGCACUCUCUCACGCACUCUCUCACGCGCUCUCUCAUGGGCUCUCACGCACUCCCUCACGUGCUCUCUCUCGCGCACUCUCUUGCGCAUUCCCUCGGUCACGCGCUCUUUCUCGCGCACUCCCACGCGCCUCUUACGCGCACUCCCACGCGCUCUCUUACUCGCUCCCUCACGCGCUCUCUCACGCGCUCUCUCACGCGCUCUCUCACGCGCUCUCUCACGCGCUCCCUCACGCGUUCUCUCACAUGCAAUCUCUUACGCGGUCCUUCACGCGCUCUCUCACGCUCUCUCACGCACUCUCUCACGCACUCUCUCACGCGCUCUCUGACACGUGCUCUCUCACGCGCUCUCUCACGCGCUCUCUCUCGCGCACUCUCUUGCGCAUUCCCUCGCUCUCUCACGCGCUCUCUCACGCGCACUCUCACGCGCACUCGCUCUCUCACGCGCUCCCUCACGCGCUCUCUCACGUGCUCUUUGAUGCAAUCUCUUACGCGGUCCUUCACGCGCUCUCUCACGCUCUCUCACGCACUCUCUCACGCACUCUCUCACGCGCUCUCUGACACGUGCUCUCUCACGCGCUCUCUCACGCGUUCUCUCACGCGCACUCUCACGCGCACUCGCUCUCUCACGCGCUCUCUCACGCACUCUCUCAUGCACUCUCGCACGCGCUCUCUGACACGUGCUCUCUCACGCGCUCUCUCACGCGCUCUCUCACGCGCUCUCUCACGCGCACUCUCACGCGCACUUGCUCUCUCACGCGCUCCCUCACACCCUCUCUCACACACUCUCUCACGCGUUCCCUCACGCGCUCUCUCACGCGCACUCUCACGCGCUCUCACGCGCUUGCGCUCUCUCACUCGCACUCUCACGCGCACUCUCACGCGCACUCUCACGCGCACUUUCACACGCACUCUCACGCGCUCUCACACGCCCCCUCACGCGCUCUCUCACGCACUCUCUCACGCUCUAUCUCACACACUCUCUCACGCGCUCUCUCACGUGCUCCCUCACGCACUCUCUCAUGCGCUCUCGCAUGCGCACUCUCACGCGCUCUCUCACAUGCUCUCUCACGCAAUCUCUCAUGCGCUCUCUCACGGGCUCUCACGCAUUCCGUCGCACUCCCUCUCGCACACUCUCUUGCGCAUUCUCUCUCUCAUGCGCUCUCAUGCACACUCUCUCGCACACUCUCACGGGCUCUCUCACGUGCUCUUGAAUGCAAUCUUUUACGCGGUCCUUCACGCGCUCUCUCACGCGCUCUCUCAUGCACUCUCUCACGCACUCUCUCACUCACUCUCUGACACGUGCUCAAUCACACGCUCUCUCACGCGCUCUCUCACGCGUACUCUCACGCGCUCUCGCUCUCUCACACGCUCCCUCACGCGCUCUCUCACGCACUCUCUCACGCGCUCCCUCACGCGCUCUCUCACGCGCACUCUCACGCGCUCUCUGAUGCGCUCGCGCUCUCUCAUGCACUCGUGCUCUCUCACUCGCACUCUCACGCACACUCUCACGCGCACUUUCACACGCACUCUCACGCGCUCUCACACGCUCCCUCACGCGCUCUCUCACGCACUCUCUCACGCUCUAUCUCACACACUCUCUCACGCGCUCUCUCACGUGCUCCCUCACGCACUCUCUCACGCGCUCUCGCAUGCGCACUCUCACGCGCUCUCUCACAUGCUCUCUCACGCAAUCUCUCAUGCGCUCUCUCACGGGCUCUCACGCAUUCCGUCGCACUCCCUCUCGCACACUCUCUUGCGCAUUCUCUCUCUCACGCGCUCUCUCAUGCACACUCUCUCGCACACUCUCACGCGCUCUCUCACGUGCUCUUUGAUGCAAUCUCUUACGCGGUCCUUCACGCGCUCUCUCACGCACUCUCUUGCGCACUCUCUCACGCGCUCUCUGACACGUGCUCUCUCACGCGCUCUCUCACGCGCUCUCUCACGCGCUCUCUCACGCGCACUCUCACGCGCACUCGCUCUCUCACACGCUCCCUCACACGCUCUCUCACGCACUCUCUCACGCGCUCCCUCACGCGCUCUCUCACGCGCACUCUCACGCGCUCUCUCAUGCGCUCGCGCUCUCUCAUGCACUCGUGCUCUCUCACUCCCACUCUCACGCGCACUCUCACGCGCACUUUCACACGCACUCUCACGCGCUCUCACACGCUCCCUCACGCGCUCUCUCACGCACUCUCUCACGCUCUAUCUCACACACUCUCUCACGCGCUCUCUCACGUGCUCCCUCACGCACUCUCUCACGCGCUCUCGCAUGCGCACUCUCACGCGCUCUCUCACAUGCUCUCUCACGCAAUCUCUCAUGCGCUCUCUCACGGGCUCUCACGCAUUCCGUCGCACUCCCUCUCGCACACUCUCUUGCGCAUUCUCUCUCUCACGCGCUCUCUCAUGCACACUCUCUCGCACACUCUCACGCGGUCCUUCACGUACUCUCUCACGCACUCUCUCACGCGCUCUCUCACGCGCUCUCUCACGGGCUCUCAUGCACUCCCUCACAUGCUCUCUCUCACGCACUCUCUUGCGCAUUCCCUCUGUCACGCGCUCUUUCUUGCGCACUCCCACGCGCUCUCUCACGCGCACUCCCACGCGCUCUCUUAUGCGCUCUCUGACGCACUCCCUCACACGCUCUCUCACGCGCUCUCUCACGCGCUCUCUCACGCGCACUCUCACGCGCUCUCUCACGCGCACUCGCACUCUCACGCGCUCCUUCACUCGCUCUCUCACGCGCUCCCUCACGCGCUCUCUCACGCGCUCCCUCACGCGCUCUCUCACGCGCACUCUCACGCGCUCUCUCACUCGCACUCUCACGCGCACUCUCACGCGCACUCUCACGCGCACUCUCACACGCACUCUCACGCGCUCUCACACGCUCCCUCACGCGCUCUCUCACGCACUCUCUCACUUGCGCCCUCACGCGCUCUCUCACGCACUCUCUCACUUGCGCCCUCACGCGCUCUCUCACGCACUCUCUCACGCGCUCUCGCACGCGCUCUUGCAUGCGCACUCUCACGCGCUCCCGUGCACACGUUCCCCCUCGCGCUCCUCUUCUUUAAAUAGAAGUGCAAUGCAAGAGGAAACGAAUUGA